AUGCGGAAGCCAGCAAAGUACCUCAGCCUGAGGCGUCCUAAACUGCGUCAAUCAUGGAACAUUCACAACCUGUACAACCUGUCUCGCAUGACGGGUGAAGAGACGUUCCUGGACAGCCGCAAGACUUUCUUCCAGCAAAAGUGGUCGGCCAAGUCGAGGACGAGAGGAUACCAUGGCGAGCACGUCCCCGAGAAGAAGUGGAAGCGCAUAUUUUCCCGACGCCUCAGCGCCGCCGUCGAUAUGCCCCCCCGUUAUCUCGCCAUCCACGACGGUUCGGAGCAAGCUGCCGGACGCGGUUCAGGUCUGACGACUGGCCAGACCUCUGCUGCCGACUACUGGGAGCGUCCUGUCGCUGCGUCGACCGCUCCGCCCGCUCAUAGGAGAGUUGCCACUGGAAUCAGGGCUGUCAACCAGAUGAUUGAGGAGCCUCUAUCAGCGGUGACGCCCCUGAUGCAGAUGACAUUUGCGCCCCUGGAGCGCAGGCUGGACACGGCCGUCUUCCGCGCUCUGUUCGCCACCAGUGUCCGCCAGGCCCGCCAGUUUGUUGUCCACGGUGCUGUCAAGGUCAAUGGCAAGAAAAUUACCUUUCCCUCAUAUGCCCUAAACCCCGGAGACAUGUUUCAGGUCGACGCCGACAAGGUCUUGUACGCUACCGGUGCCCCGAAGACACCCGGACUCAAGGCUCGCGUUCUCGGAAUCCUCAAGAAGAACGAGGACAAGUACCAGAAGAUGGAGGAGAAGUUCCUCUCGUCCAAAAAGGCAGUCAAGUCCGGGGCAGAGUCCGAGGCCGUCGCUUCAUCAGAGACCCCUGCCGAAGAGGCCACUGAAGAAGCUAAGGCGCAGAAAGAGAAGAGCCGAUCUGAAGGGUCUGAGAAGACCGAGACCCUCUCGGCAGAGGACGCUCUCGAUCUGAGGAAGCUCCGACUCGAGUGCGCCCUCUUAGAGGCCAAGCAGGUUAUCCGUGACAAGGUUGAAGACCGCGACCCGGAGUGGCGUGCCAUGAGGCUGCGCAGCUUCAAGGACCGCGCCGGCUAUGUCCUGUCGACGAGUGGCACGCGCAACCUCGAGGUGGACGAGCUCAUCAACGAGCUACAGCUCGAGAUGAAGACGCUCAACAUGCUACGCAGCGAUGAACAGAGCUCCAGCGACGAGGAGGACAGCUCAGACAAGAAGGCCAAGAACGAGAGCAGCGCUGACCGCCAAAACAGGCGUCGGGCCCUCGUUGACAGGGCGCUUGAGAUGGACGGCGUCAAGAAGGGCUUGAGGAAGGAAUUGAUGAAGACGAUUGGCGACGAGGACCUGUCGACUAAGGAGAUGCGCGACCUCGGCCGCAUCCUCAAGAGGGACGCCGAGAACCCCGUCGACGAGACCAAGGCUUACAACACGCCCUGGGCCCCCAGGCCGUACAUGAAGCCCUUUGUUUUUGUGCCCCGGUACCUCGAGGUCAACCACAAGAUCUGCGCGGCGGUCUACCUGCGUCAUCCCGUUGCCAGGCGCGGCGCGGGUGAGGUGCCUACGCCUUUCAGCUUCCUGACCAACCAGCUGGCGCACAACUGGUACGUGGAGCGAGGUUGA